GGUUUCCGUCGCUUUACACAACUUGAUGUAAAGUGGGCAAACAAACCUAGUUACCUCCAUAUUGGUACACAUACUUUGGAUCGCCGACACAUUUAAAACAAUUGUUUUGCAGUCACAUAGCAAGUAGGUCUCACCCUGUGUUGAAAAGAUGUAUCGACCAAAUUUUUUUUAUCAAUUUUGCUGUAAACUAGAGUGAGAUUUUAUAUUUUUUUGCCAUUUUUUUUUUGUAUUCUAGUAAUGAUACUUUUAGUACUGCUUGGUAUUUGCUUUUUUGGAAAUUAUUUUGCAGUUAAAAAUAUGUGAAAAGUAUUUUAAUGGAAAGUGCUUGUAUUUCUAUCGGUUACAUUGUAUUAAGCAUGGUAUUGAUUGAUAUUGUAGAAAUUUUUAAGUAUGUUAGUAAGAGCAAAUGUUUGCUGGAAUUGGUCCAAAUUGUUUGUCUCAGUGAAAAGUUAUUACACAAUUCUUAUCUAAUCAUUAAAAAAAAAAAAUCAAAUGUCCAUAUUUUGCUUAAAUGUAAUUCUUGUGGUUAUUCAAUUCUAUUUUGAUUAUCUGGAUGAUCCUUUUGCCAUUUUUCGUCCAAAUCCCUCUCAAUACCUUUGGUAUUUUGCAAUAUUUUCACUUACCGAAAGGUUCUACUCCUAUCAGACCCUUGAUUUAAGCAUGGUCAAUGAUAUUUCCACUGACUCAAGGACCCGGAACCGUCUUUACUUUAAUUUAUCCAAUGAUAUUUUCACUGACAAAGAGAUCCUGAUACCAUUUUUCGUCCAACUUUCACUUGACUCUUGCUUAUAUAGGUUUCAUUAACCUACUCAAUAAUAUUUCACUGAUGAAGAACCACCAUUUUUUGUCCAACUUUCACUUAUCAACCCUUUGCUUUUGUAGGUGCAAUACCAUGAUAAUGUUAUCGAUUUUUUUGCUUGUUUUUUCUUAGAUGUAAACAUGAGCUAAUAAAUUAAUUUAUUUCGAUAACCGAUUUACCUUUAUCGGUGCGGAUUAAUAUUUCCUAAAGAUGACAACCCUGAGUGGGCCGUCCUUCAUCUCAUAUACUGACAAAGCGGAGAGAGAUGAGAAGCGGGAUCAAAAACUUGCUCAAGCUAUGACGCGGAUGUAUGAAAGACCAGAAAAAGAAUUGGAAAAGAGAUUAUUGGAAGGAGAACUAGCUAUUGGGCAUGCUAAGAAGGUUAUCAGAUACAAUGUUCAUGAUGAUCCAACUCGAGGUAUAUCAGGAACUCUCGUUUGUACUAAUUUUCGACUCAUUUUUAUCACUGCGGAAAAAGCAACUUAUGAUUUGAUUGAACUACAUAAUAGAUUGGUGAAUGAACAUGAUAUUUUGUUGAACAAUAUUGACUCAAUAUAUGUUGAAUAUCCGAACAAGCGUAAAAAGUUAGUACCUGGAUCUAAAAUUAAAGAUGGAAUCCAUCGACUUGAACUACAUUGCAAAGAUUUUCGAGUGGCCGCCUUCAAUUUUAAACUCACUGUAAAAGGAGAAGAGAAAGGAGUAAUCAAGUCUCUUCUCCAUCACACUUAUCCAUCAACAGUCAAUUUAUUAUUUGCAUUUGAUUAUGUUCAUGAAAUAGAUGUUGAAAAUGCAUGCAAAAUACCACUGUAUCGAACGCAAUUAGAUUGGGAAAAUGAACUACGAAGAUGUGCUGUUUCUAAAAAAUUUUGGAGAGUUACAGUUGUGAAUAGGAAGUUUACAGAGUUUCCAACAAUGGGUUCUUGCAUCGUCGUUCCAGCUUUAAUGAAAGACAAUGAACUUACAACAGCAGCUGAGCAGUUUUCUGGAACAAGAAUUCCGUGUUGGUGUUGGUCUGAUAGCAACGGUUGUUCAUUAGUUCGGGCGUCAACAUUGCGACCAGAAGUUGAACAACAAUAUUUUGAAAAUAAAUUUCAUGAAGCCAUUGUGGACGCUGACCCAAACAAAAGGCCCAUAAAGGUCAUUGACGUGUCAGAACAUAAAUGUCCUUCCUGUUUGCAGCUGCAACAAUCCUUUCACAAGUUGAAGUCUAUUUGUAUGCCCGCCACGGAAAGUGAAUUCUGGGAAACAGACACACAUUGGCAUGGCCAACUUCACGCAACUAAAUGGCUUCAAUAUGUUGGUACUGUGUUGGAAACUGCAACAGAGGCAGCAAAAUGUUUGAGGGAAAGAGAGUUGAAUGUUGUUAUCAAGGAGCAUGACGGCAUUGACAUUUCAUCAGCCAUAACCAGUUUAGUCCAGUUAAUACUGGAUCCAACCUGUCGAACAUUGGAAGGGAUUCAAGCACUCAUACAAAGAGAAUGGGUGGUUGCAGGACAUCCUUUCCUUGAUCGACUUGGACACUUGUUGCAACCAACAAAGCGAGGGAAACAAGUCACUUCAGUGUCUUCAGCAGGGGACACAACUCAACUUGCACCCGUAUUCCUCCUGUUUCUUGAUUGUGUUUAUCAACUUAUGGUCCAAUAUCCAGCAAGAUUUGAACCCAGUGUAACGUUUUUAACUGUUCUUUACGAUGCGACACGCACGACCGCUUUCGAUACCUUUAUGUUUAAUAAUGAGAGACAAAGACAUAAGAGUGUGAUGGCGGCCGAGCAUCCUUCAUUUGCAAUCAAAGCUGCCACUGAAACAAUGUCAAGACGAUUUUUGCCUGUUUGGGUAUGGAAAUCACAGUUCAACAAAUCUGACAUGACUUUAUUCAACAAUCCUUUGUACAAGAUGCGAACCAUGGAAAACUACAGGAAAUAUGUUGAGGAAAGUUCAGAUAAUUCUGGUAGAAAAGAAAGGAUUAUUACAAACGAUGUUUAUAUCACUGAUGACCUUCAAAAGAUGGAUGGUGACAAUAUAAAUGGUGACAUACCCGAUGGUUCCUCUUUGCAUUCUCGAUCUCCGAAAAGUCCGACGCACGGAAAAAAGAAAACAAGCGUCAAAGACAAAAAACUAGAAGAGCAUCGUCGUAAAAUUGAACAAGACAAUCCUCUCCCUUUAAACAAAAUCAAAAAUAAGAGUGGGAGCUUAGAAGAGAAAAACAAAAGUACAAGAAGAGAAAGUAGUGAGAGUACAGAAGAGAAUAAAAACCCUCAAUUGAGAAAAGUACCACCCCCAGCAGGCCAUUUUCCGAAAGUAGCGCUUAUGCCGGGGCAAAAAGUCACUUGGACCGCAUCUCCGCAAGACUCUGAGAAAGACCGACGACCGUCAAGAUCAAAAAGCGACAGCGAGUGUAAGGAUGAUGAUCAAGUCGGGGAAUUGAAUGAAAAAGUAAACGGUGACGAUCAUUUGGAACGAUUGGACGAUGAUUCAAUGUUAAAACCUGUCGAUCCAAAUUCUCCGAAACUCAAAUCAAGGUUUUCAUUGCGUCGUAAAAAAACUAAGGAGAAUGUUUUAGAACAACCUGAAUCAACAGAUGAUUUUAUUAACGUCGCAACAUAUAAUAUCAAAUUCAAAGAUCUUUCUAUGCAAAAACGUGUGACUGAUACUGCAGAACAUGUUCAUCCUCUCUAUCCAUGUACAGCAAUUCGGAAAUUACAGUUCUGGCGACAGUGUUAUUUCCGAUGGCUUCCAUGGUCUCAAAUAUAUGGCGGAGGUCCUGCAGCAAUGCUACAACAGGAAUCUAUAUUGUAUGAUGAAAUACACAUCUUACAUAAUAAGCUUCAAAUGUUGAAGCGGAAACUUUAUAAUGACUCCCUUCAUCUAAGUAGCGGAGAGGAGGACUCGUUUAAUGUAAGCGGAAUGUAUUUCAACCACUCGGUGUCGCAAGAGAAUAUUUCUGUGUUCGAUUCGUCAAAAUCGUCGAGUCAAAACAGUCUGAAUGUGUUGUCGAGUUAUUUUCCUUACUCCCCAAUAAAAGGUCUUCGUAGCAAGUCUGUUUUAGGUACUCCAAUAACCAACUUCCUCCAGGGCGGAUCGCUAUUCAGUUUCGGACGGAUUCGAUCAAAACAUUCUCGCUCACCUUCAAAUAUAUCAAUCACUCACUCAACGGACGAUCUGCUCUCGAGUACGGACAACACGAGCGACAUGGUGUCUCCUGUAUCGAAAAGUUUGGAAGAUUUGACCCUUGAACCUGAAAUUGUUUUAGACUCUCCUUCAACUCCCUCUAGUGGUACUAAAGACGACCAUCGUUAUCGUACUCAGAGUGAUACUCCUGGUAGGGUGAGAUCAAAGUUGCUAGAUUCUUCCGUGACAAAACCGAAAAAACUCACUCCCCCCAGCACCCCUACAGUACCAGAAAAUAUUACGUACAUAACCUCAUUGUAGCUGAUUAUAACUAAAUUGCGCAAUAACGCAAAUAUGUAAAUUGUCUCCUAAUUUUCAAAUCGAGUGCAUUAUUAAUUCAAGUAUUUGAUUAAUAUGUUUUGCCAAUAUCUUGAAG